AUGGAGGAUGCCUUGAUUCUACGAGCCGAUCGCUUUAUAAGCAAAAGCCUAAGUCCUAUUCGCCAAGAAUCGGAUGAAGACAGUCUGGAAUCGCCUACCUCCAACGGGCCCAUCAGUGUUACUGCUUCCAGAGCUGCUAUUCCAGCUGAUAACACAAUGCUCUAUGAUACAGACUGGGACUCAAGUUCACCUAACUGGUCGCCCGGCUCGGAUGAUGAACCUUCCUUGGGAAGUUGGCGUCCUCCACGUGAAUCACCGUCUCAAAAUUCAAUGGGCGGUUCAUUUCGGUCUAGAGGAGAUUCGGCUGCGCCAAGCCCAGCAUCCAUGGCACCCUCCAGCUCCAGAGCAAGGAGCAUGGCGCCAAGCAUUUUAAAUCAAGAUGCAGAUCAGGAAGAAUCUCGAUCACUUUCUGAUCAUCCGUUUUUCACCUGGAAUACAGGCAUGGAAGAGCCUGACGAUCAAUCGUAUGGGGCGAGCUUGCGACGAGUGCAGUACUUCCUCGACAAGGUCCACAAAGACACACCGGCGGAAGAUAUAGCCUAUCAAAAUGCAUUCGAGUGCACAAUCGAAGAAAUGCGAUCCAGGCACAGAUGUCAACAUAAAUGCACUAUGGCAGAUCAACAUAGGCUACUUGGGAAUAUUGGGGCAGAAAACCCUUCAGAAGACUUUCCACGGGAGGAAGGCACAGCGAAGAAUAUGGCUAGACGUUUGCAUAAAGCUCAACGGUAUAUGCAAGGACAGCAGCCGAAUUACUCGGAAUUUCAAAGCAGAGAUAAUGUACCUCAGGCACGACUCCAAAUUACUCCGAGCUCGCAACACUCCGUUCAGAGUAAGGCAUCUGAAGAAACCGCCCACGGCCCAGUCUCUGGUGGAAUCAGGAAUCUGCAAAGCUUGUGGAGCACUCAAGUUGAUCCCGAAGAUCGAGAUGCCGAGCUAGAAGAAGCAGGUGGCAUUGAGUGGGCUCUAACCAACUGGACCCCUGAUCAGGCGCUCCAUCAACUUUUUGACUUGUCCGAAAUUGUCUUAGGUUUAUGGGUGCCAUACUAUGGCCACGCCGUGGCAUAUUCUAUGGAUGCGAUUGGUAACGCGGCUCAGUACCUCUGGAAAGUAGAAGCGUAUGAUAUUGGACUUCUGGUGUCCACUGACGCAACUACCCAGAUGACGGUUGAGAACUCGUUUGCAGACUGCAACGCGUGCUCUGCCGGGAAGAUAUACGAUAGGUCAGAAGAAGCACUUCGCCACGUACACGGGAUCCAUAUGGUUCAUUCAAAAGAGCAAGCUGAGCACGAUCAGGUUGAGGAGAUGCUGGAUGCCGCCAGGAUCCGUAUCGUACUGGGUUCUAGUUCCAGUAAAAACACCGGUCUCAUUAGCUUGGAACCCGUUGGACUUGGGUUCCUUGUCGCUGCAAUAGCAGCCAACUUGCAGGAUCGACCACUCCAACUGGAAAACGCGACUGACCCCAUUAAUCCCUACAAACAAUAUGUCUCCAGGCUACAGUUUCUAGCUACGACUAGACCUAAGCGUCGUCUUUACCUUGAACUCAACUCUUUACACGGCGAAAUUCAAGCGCUUCGCAUUAUAAAGCCCCGUCUCGAUCGCCAAAUCCACUUCAGAGUUGAAUCGAGUUUCAUCGAUGCUCAGAUGACAAAAUUGCACGACAAGAUUAUCCAACUCGAACACCUUGAACACAGAACCCAGGAUAUCAAGAGCCAAGUGGCUCAGAUCGUGGAGAUAAUUGACGAGGAUCACGGUAAAGCCAUCCGCGUGUUUACCUUUGUGACGGUCAUAUUCCUUCCGAUGUCAUUCAUGACUAGCUUUCUUGGCAUGAACACUACCGAUAUCGCAAGCAUCAACCAAGACUCGGGAUUUUUCUGGAUGAUAUCAAUUCCUUUGACAGUAGCUGUGGUGGGCACGGCGUACAUAUAUGGUUACAAGUGGGAGUCCAUCAUGGAAAGCUUCAAUAGACAUCGGGUUCAAGUAUCUCACAGUACACAACCAUUGUCGCAACAACAUGAAAUGGAAGCUGUGGUGCCGAGCGCCAAAGAGCCACACCGGCAUCGCAGGCUGUUGCGCGGCUCCCACUGGCUUGAUAGCGCCUUCUUCACGGACAGGCCCGGUCAGAGGCGGCGCGCUCUAGGUCAAGACCAAUUAGAUGUAGAGUCUAGGGUGGCUAAGGUUCAAGGGUGA